UACAGCCACGCCGAUCGCGUGCGCAAGAUGGCUUUGCGCAUAGGCGCGGGUGAGGGUUUCAGUACAGAGCAAAUGCAAACGGCUGAGAUUAGCGCGUUGUUGCACGAUGUGGAUGACUGGAAGUACAAUCCCGAGGACAACGGCCUGUUGAGCCGCGCUCGUACCUUCCUUACGCAACACGAUUUCCCCACAACCGAUGCGGUACUGCAGAUUAUUCAGUCUAUGGGGUUCAAGGAAUCACUGGGCAGUGCUAAGCUUAGCGACGCACAUACGCCUGAGUUGUCGGUGGUUCAGGAUGCUGAUCGAUUAGACGCCAUCGGAGCCAUAGGCGUUGCGCGAUGUCUGACGUUUGGAGGGCGUUUCAACCGUGUGUUGUAUGACCCGCAAGUACCUCCGAGGAUCAAUAUGACGAAAGAACAAUACCAAGACACCACUGUGCAGCAAACAACUAUCAACCAUUUUCACGAGAAGCUCUUUCUGCUCAAGGACAUGAUGAAAACCAAGACUGGCCGAAGGAUAGCGGACGAGCGCGAUGGGUUUAUGCAUACGUUUUUGGAUCAGUUUUUAGGCGAGAUGAACGGGGACAGGUGAUUGUGGUAGCUAUGAGAGGAAUUAAUAGUAACUAGAUAAACAUUAAUAAAGUAGUGAACUGUGC